UAUAAAAUUGCCAUUUUGGCAGCAGGUCAUAGAAGCGCAUCCACAUUCCACAGAGACUCAUGGACGGUACAGGAGGAGGGGGAGGAGAAGAAGAAGAAGAAGAAGAAGAUCAACAGUAUUCCCCAUUAUUCAGAAACUUCGACGAAUCCGAGGAGGAUCCCAUCAAAAGAACAGGGACAAUAUGGACUGCAAUUGCUCAUGUAAUAACUGGAGUGAUAGGGGCUGGAGUGCUGUCCCUUGCUUGGAGCGUAGCUCAGCUAGGGUGGGUGGCUGGUCCAUUGACUAUGUUGGUCUUUGCAGGGAUCACCAUUCUUUCUUCAAACCUUCUAUGUGAUUGCUACAGAUCUCCUGAUCCUGAAUUUGGGCCAACAAGGAGCAGAUCUUACAUGGAAGCUGUUAAAUUCUAUUUAGGUAAGACUACGUACAAAAUCGGUUCUUUCCCGACCCUAAAACUUCGGGAGAAGAGCAAGAGAAUCUGCGUUGUGUUUCUGAAUGAAAGUCUGUAUGGCUGUGGAGUAGCUUAUGUGAUCACUGCAGCUGCCAGUGUGAGAGCAAUUCGGAGGUCAAACUGUUACCACAAGGAAGGACAUGAAGCUCCAUGCCACUAUGGGGACACUGAUUACAUGCUGCUAUUUGGGGCUGUCCAAAUUAUACUGUCACAGAUACCAGAUUUCCAUAACAUGGCAUGGCUUUCUAUCCUUGCAGCCAUCAUGUCUUUCUCCUAUUCUUUCAUAGGAAUGGGACUUGGCUUUGCAAAAAUUUUAGAAAAUGGGACAGUUAAAGGGAGCAUUGAAGGAGUCUCAGCUGAGAGCAUGGUUGAGAAAGCAUGGUUGGUGUUCCAGGCUCUAGGAGACGUUGCUUUUGCCUACCCAUAUUCACUCAUUCUUCUAGAGAUAGAGGAUACUCUGAAGUCCCCUCCGCCGGAAAACCGGACGAUGAAGGUGGCCUCCACCACGGCAAUCUUCAUCACCACCUUCUUCUACCUCUGCUGUGGAUGCUUUGGUUAUGCAGCCUUUGGGAGUGACACACCAGGGAACCUCUUGACAGGAUUUGGAUUCUAUGAGCCCUAUUGGCUCGUUGACUUGGCCAAUGCUUGUGUUGUUCUGCACCUUUUUGGAGGAUAUCAGGUGUUCAGCCAGCCAGUGUUCCAGUUUGUAGAAGCUUGGAUCAGCAAGAAGUUCCCAGACAGUCGAUUUGUGAAUGAUGUUUAUGCGUUAAAACUCCCAUUCUUGCCCGGCUUUGAGCUGAGUCCUCUACGUCUAUGUUUUCGGACGAGUUACGUUGUAUCAACAACCGUAGUUGCAGUCAUCUUCCCUUACUUCAACCAGGUUUUGGGAGUUUUAGGGGCCUUAAACUUCUGGCCAUUGACAAUACAUUUCCCUGUGGAAAUGUACUUUGUGCAGAAAAAGAUUGGGGCUUGGACAAGGAAAUGGCUUCUUCUGAAGACUGUCAGCUUUGCUUGUUUGCUCGUGUCCAUAUUGGCCUUAGUUGGGUCACUGGAAGGACUUAUAAGUGCAAAAUUAAGCUGAUCAAAUCUAGGACAUAUAUAUAAAAAGAAAGCUAUUUGCAAAUGAGAAAAGAAUAAAAUUCAUGUAUUGGAUUUUACCACCAUAGAAUGGUGAAAGUAUGUGUUCCGGAUGAGAUGAGAUGAAGCACAAGAAACUAAAAUUAACAAAUUCUGUUCAUAUUGAAGUUCAAUGAAAAUUACUGGGUUACUGUUGA